AAGAAAAGAAGAAGGAAAACAAUUGCAGUAUAUGUCGCUAGUGCUAAUCAGAACAAUGGCAAGCUGAUAACCGAAUGAAAAAAAAAAGAUUGGAAGUAAUUGCUGGCACAUUGCCCAAAUCAAAGAUGGCGCACGAAAUAGUGACCUUAAGUCACGUGAUGUAAACAAUGCUGCGGGCUCACUGUGCUGAGAGUGGAGCGCUAGAUGCAUGGGAAGAUGGCUGGUUACAUGGGGAUGUAUGAAGAACCGUCUGAUAUAACGCAGCAACAGGAGAGACAUUAUUACCUCCUGUCUGAACUGCAGAGCCUGGUGAAAGACCUGCCCAGCUCCUGCCAGCAGCGUUUGUCUCACACCAUUCUUAGUGAUCUGGCUUUGGCUCUCAUUGAUGGUACAGUUUUCGAAAUAGUACAAGGUCUGUUGGAGAUUCAACAUCUAACGGAGAAAAACCUUUACAAUCAGCGAUUAAAGCUUCACGCAGAGCACAGAGGGUUGAAACAAGAUCUUGGACGGAAGCAUAAAGAAGCACAGCAGUCCUGCAAAACACACAAUAUGUCUGUACUGAAAGCUGCACAGCAAAGGGAGUUAGAGUCUCUGGAACAUCGAAUUAAAGAGGAACAGCGAAUGAUGGAUGAAAAAAUUGUUCUGGAACUCGAUCAGAAAGUAAUUGAUCAACAGAGUACCUUAGAGAAAGCAGGUGUUUCUGGCUUCUAUAUUACAACAAACCCUCAGGAGCUGACAUUACAGCUGAAUUUAUUAGAGUUAAUCCGCAAGCUACAACAAAAAGAAUCUCUAACAAGCAAAGGGUUUCCUUGAGAUUUUGGUGACUAGUUUGACAAACUGCAAAUAUUUGUUCUCCUGAAGUGGAUUAACAAAACUGUUGUAUAUUGGGCCAAAAUAAAAGUGAUUUUGUACUGCAAAAAAUGGCAAAGACAUGUAUGAAUUAGCAAUUUUUUUUCUCACCUAUAGAUUGCACUAACCAAGCAGGAAGAACAUGAUUUCUGUAUUUUACAUUUGCUUUCUGGCACUUCCAGCUAGUAGCCUUAUAGUCCAUUGAGGUGAAUCUGGACCAACCUGCUUUUCAAGCUUUCACAGUGCUUUUUCUGGAGGGCAAUGUGUGACUUUACAUGUAGAACCAGUGUGGCAAAUACCCAGUAAUGUUCCAAACUGGUAUGCAUAAGAUAUCAAUAAUUCAAGGCAUUCAGUAUAUAUGUUUGCUAGGUGUUUUGUUAACACAUUGUAUAGAUGAA